AUGUUUGCAACCAGUGAAGAAAUAAUUACAGUCAACCAGGAUCUAUGUCGGUCCCCUAAACGCAAUCACAUGGACGAAAUAAGGGCAGACUUCACGGUUUGCGCCAUUCCAGCUAAUUCGUUAUCCGGGCAGUGCAUUCCUGGCACCGAUAACGAGCCAAACGAAUGCGGGUUUGGAGAAAAUCUGCUCGGCCUGUGUGGUUUCUGCUCGCAGACUUCAAUCAAUGGCACUGAUACGUGCUGCUACGCUGCCAAUGCGGAGCAGCGUUGCAAGAACAUCAAACUUCCAGAAAUCUCAUCACUGCCACCUCUAUUUCCGCAUCCAACUUCGACACCCUCUCCUACGCACACUGACAAACCAGGCGGCGGAGGUCUGACUGGUGGACAGAUUGCCGGAAUUGCCGUUGGAACAGUAUUGGGAUGUGCAUUUUUAAUCGGUCUGGCGGUUCUAUUCCUCCUUUGGAGAAGACGGAAACGGAAUGAAUCUGCUGAAAGCAUUUUCAACCAACCUACGCCUCCCCGGACCAUGGCAACGGCUCCAUCAUAUCCCGCUGGCGGCAACUCAACUAACAAGCAGCAGAAAGGAUAUGAACCCAUCCCCGGAGGCCGUGUUGCGCGAAUGUCAGCACUUCAAGGUGGUAGUAACCCACCAUCACGUCACGCAUACCACGAUUCGGAUUCCGAUGUAUUUGGCGACAGCCCUUCUGGUGGCAAGUCGAGGCGUAUUCCACCCGUCACAGGAAGAAGAAACGGCUCACUUUCUAGCGCGUCUGCCCUCGCUGGCGAUGGUGACACGUUAUCUCCCAAGUCUGGCAGCGGUGCCCAGUUCUCUUCUCCCGAAGGCGUUGCCAGCGGCCAGUCAGAGCAGCUCCCUUAUUUCCGCGACUAUUAUUCACAGGACGACAUCCAUCCAAAUGACAGAGUAUCUGUUCUCUGGGCAUAUCAACCUCGAGCUCCUGAUGAGUUUGAACUAGACAGAGGUGACAUGCUGAAAGUCGUUGGUAUAUGGGACGACGGCUGGGCAACAGGUGUCCGAGUCAACGAGAAAGCAGAGGACUAUGACUCGAAGCAUAAACACAGUCCGCUCAGAGAUAGUGGUGUCUCUCACGGGUCAGAGGCACGGCCUCCAUCUUCACCAACUACCGGAGAAAUAAAAGCAUUCCCAGUUCGUCUAAACCUUGCUCCAUUCUUGUGUUACUUAUUUUGA